CAAAGCUCGAGCUGACCCAGACCCAUAUUGAGACCCUUUGACUAGGCGAAGCAGGGCCUUGCGGCCUUGCAUCGCUUGUCAUCAUGUCGGAUGCUCCGCGUCUGACUUUCGCAGACCUCUGUCGACUCCUCGACGAGUUGGCGAAGCUGCCACCGUCUCUCAAAGGGCGCAUAGGUCAUAUACGUAACGCCCGUCUGCUCUUCGAGUCGUACGUAGAGCAUGUGACGUCAGUAGCACCUCACGCUAGAUCAGAUGGGUCUGGGGCACGCAUCUUCAGACUGCUAUUCCCAGAGCACGAUGUCAGGGUGUAUGGUCUACAAGCCACGACACUUGGCAAGUUGCUCUUCAACGCUUUCGGAGGUCGGGAUGAGCUAGAGCGAGCGGGCAUGGACGAAGGUCUUCAUAUCUGGGCAAGCAAUAAAGGCAAUCACACAGAGCUACGACAAGACUCCUUGCGGCGCACCUUCACGUGCCUCGGUCAAGAAGCUGAACUUGUUCGCAACAAACUCGGCUCUUGUGAUUGGGAGAAUCCGAUAACACUCCAGCACGUUUGCGAGCUGCUCGACGAGCUCUCAUGGAAUUGGUGUAAGCCUGGCCACACGGAGGCUUCGCGACGCAAGAACCUUGAUAUCUUUAAAGAGCUCAUACAGACAAUGACGGCGCGCCAGCUCGCUUGGAUCGUGCAAAUCAUGUUGAAGGAUCUUCGCCCUCUGCUCUGGCCCAUACCAUCUGCAGAUGUGUCGAGAGCAUUAGCCGAUUACAAUCAGAGUUCUAGAUCCGAGCUGCAACCGCACGACGCAAUGCGCAUCUGGCAUUGGGCAAUGCCAGACGUCUACCGCGUCCAAGCCGACUUACAACGCGCUGCGACCCUUUGUGAGCGGCUAUCGCCAGAUCCUGAGGUCGGAGCGCGCAACGCGAAGCUGUUCGUCCAAUUGACAUCGCCUGAGCUCGGUCAGCCUGUCGAGAUUCCAAAAUGUGGGCGUUUUCUGACGACGUGUGCUUCGAUUGUCGACUCGCUGCCGGCAGACUCAACAGCAUGGCUCGAGACAAAAUACGACGGGUUUCGCAUGCAAAUCCAUUUCAAUAAGUCUGGCUAUCUCAAGCUCAUUUCGAAGCAGGGACGAGAUUGCACGGAAUGGCGCAGAGGAUGUCACUCCAUCCUACGCGCAGCGAUCUUAGGAACCUACGCAGAGGGCGUCAGCGAAGACGGACUCGCUCUGGAUGAGUGUUUGAGAGCUUUGCCGGCCGGAAAGUUCAAAAGUGUACAUUCUGGCAUCCUCGAAGCCGAGCUAGUGCCCUUCGACGAGCGGCAGGGACGCAUUGCCGAAUUUACAAAGAUGAAUGAGCUCUGCGAAUACUCUCGCAACAGUGAUCAGUCGCGCAAGCCCGACUUUUCCGGCUUGCAUUUUCACGUAGUCUUCUUUGACUGUCUCAUGCUCAAUAAGAGCAGCUAUCUGAAUCACACAUACGCGCAACGUCGCGCAAUACUCGAGCAAGUCGUCCGGCCGCUUAGCACUUACUCGUCGCUCGCGGCGCGUCGAUCCAUCAAUCUGGCACAGCUCGGUCGCGAGCAAAGCAUCGCAAAGCUUCGUCAGCACAUGGCCUUCUUGAUCACCGAUCGCCAAGAGGGUAUGGUCAUCAAGGCCGACAAAGCUAUCUACAACAGCCGUUCGCCGGGCGAACAAUGGAUCAAACUCAAGAAAGAUUACAUCAAAGGCCUUGGCGAUACCGCCGACUUUGCUGUCAUAGGCGCGUCAUGGAGUUCGGAGAGAGCCGUACAACUUGGUGUGCCCACAUCCUGCUUUACAACCUACUGGAUCGGCGUACAGACCAAUCGCCCCGCCACCUUAGCUGACCCUACUGUGAAGGCUCACUUCGUGGCUUUGUUCACGGUCUCGUAUGGCAUGGACCGCUCAACGAUUGAUGCGACAUGCAAGCGCUGUCAAGCUUCGGGAUUGGCGCCAUAUCGGCUCGCGAACAUGAUCGCAGAGCGCUGGCCUUUCGCAAUCGAAUUCGUCAGCACAGGCCGACCAGAUUACGUCCUCAAGGAGCCUAUGCUGUUUGAGCUCAUGGGUGCUGGCUUCGUUCGCAAAGGACCAACGCUGUUCGAGCUGCGCUUUCCGCGCGUGAAGCGAGUCUACGGACCAGGCUCAGAUCGAACUUGGCAUGACGCAAUGGAUAUUCACGAGCUCCGCGAGACGGCACAGAAAGCGAUCGCAGUCGUCGAAGCUGGCGUAGACAAUGAUGUCAGCUAUCUCUGGUCGGGCAAGAAGACCAAUUGGACGCCUUUCGAGCGUGAGGUCAGGCAUUGGAUGGAGCGACUAGAACGAGCGGAAACCCCUCGCAAGCGACCGCGCCUCUACGAGGAGGCUAUGAUACCUGCAAACAGUGUGCUCGCGUACUCAGCGCAUCUUCAACAGGCAUCGUUCAAUCAUCCCUGGCGGCGAGCGCGCACAAUCAGCAGCGAGAUCAGGCCCCGGCCUUGGCUUUCGCCAAAGACCAGGCGACGGCCGCGCUUUAUGCAGGCUGACGACAAGACAGAGCUCUCGAUGGAGGCGAACAGCAAAGUAGUUCCUGCCGCUCUGACAUAUCUUGACACUAAGCGCGGAGUGGCGAGCUGGUUGCAUACGCCCUCCGUGCCCUUCGCCUGCACACAAGACUCUACUCUUCAUUGGUCGAAUGUCCUCCUGGCUUGUGGCUGGCAAUGCCAGGGACAUCUCGGCAGUUCCCACAGUCAAGCGCAGAUUGGCGCAAUCGCUGUCAAACGCGCGCAGUGGCGGAAGCUGCACCGCGAGAUUUUGAGAUCAUGGAAGAGAGACAGUCAUGCUGGGAAGGUCUACAUCUACGAUCUUGCUAUUGAGCAAGCAUCAUUUUGCUCAGCCAAGGAGAUACUUGGAAGGCAUCUUAUUGACAUCAUAUAGAUUUUGUCGUUGUUCAUCACAUGCACGCUAUCGCACUUCGGUUUACUUGACCGCAUGCAUUAGCCUAUCAAGAUGGCGCACUCGCGACUUGCGCCUGCUGUGCCUGAACGAGGGAUCGCCCGCACCAUCUCUGAGCUCGCUCUCCGCUUGAGUCUCGGCAGCGGACGGGCAGGCUCAGGCGAAGAUUGCUCAUCGUCAGUAGCUAUAUCACUGUCGGCCUGUUCGUCCUCAAAUAGGCCUGUAGCGGGAUCAUAGAGAUCGUCUGGCCGCGAUGCUUUGGACGAAAGCAACUGGGCAGCUAGCCAUCGAUCUGCUGUUGAGCCUUCAAAGUUGCUCGCCCAGUAAUCGCGACCAAAGUGAGGUUCGUCAUCCAUGAUCAGACUGACUUCGCGAGAGCCGAACAUUCCGUCAAGGUAGACAUUGUCAGGAUGAUGCCGCUUGAUGUGCUCGCGGGCCUCGUGCU